CAUACUUUAUAUAAGAGAUACAAUAAACAAUGAGCUUUCGAGAUGAGAGACGUUCGUCAUUGGCCAGACGGAGCACUUGCUCAAAUCUGAUUGGAUGCUGGAGACCUUCGAAGCGUGGGAGUGUUCACGCACGCUAAUAUCAAACACUUAUUUCUCGCCGGCCAAAUUAUUUUCAGUGGUGGGUGAAAGCCACUUGAUCGAGACAUUAUGGAUGAACUGAUAGGUAAGCUGUAGAUAAAUAUAACAGCAGUGACAGAUAAUCAAAUUAAUAACCAUAUUUCCUGGAUUUUACCUGAAGACAGAAGAUAUUCUCCAGUGACAGAUGGAUCAGAAAUCACCCAAACUAUUCUACAGAGCAGUGAUUUGACUGGAGACUGUGGAACCGACAUAACCCGGAGUAGGAUGUUACUAGCAUCCGCCGUAGUGGUAUGGGAAUGGCUGAACGAGCACGGACGCUGGCGGCCCUACAGCCCGGCUGUCUGUCAUCACAUCGAGGCAGUCAUCCGGAGCGACCCGCGGUGUGGUAGUGUUGUCCUCGGCCAGGUGGACUCGCGCCUCUCGCCCUACAUCAUCGAUUUGCAUUCCAUGCACCAGUUCCGACAAGACACAGGUACCCUUCGACCGGUACGACGUAGCUUCUACGACCCCACCUCAGCUCCAGGCCAGGGGUGGUUGUGGGAGUGGGAGAACGACGCAGGCAGCUGGACGGCGUACGACACCGAGGUGGGCAUCGCCAUCCAGGCGGCACGUGAUCGUCAGCAGCCCUGGCUGGACCUGGCACCACUGGGUUUCUGCUACCUCAUUGACUUCGAAAACAUGACCCAAAUCAACGGGCAGACGCAGCGCUGCCGACGCAUCCAGCGCCGCUCCGACCUGGCUUACCCGCUGGUUUCCGGGCCUCUGCCUAAAUCCCACCACGCCUGGGGGCCCAUGUCCAUGCCCAGCCAUGGAGGACUUCUUGGUGUGGAUGUAUCUGGAGUGGGUACUGGGAUAAGAAUGAGCAGUAGUGGGACUGGAAAUGGCAGCGCUUACCCCAGUGGUGCGCUCCCUGCCUCAGCCAUCACCUCCCUGGGACAACCCUGCGCCUGUCAGCAGUGUAUGUUGGUGUUAAGUGUCAAAGCGGGAGCCAUGUCAGCUGCUCACACUCUGGGUCGGAGACCUCCACAGACCAAGCCACCUAGUCCCAAAAUCAGCAGUCACCCUGUCCAAGGGGGUUCGUACUCGCUAACGCUGCCUCGGCCUCCUUCCCUAUCACGGUCAUUUUCCCCCCACAGGACGUCAAUAGUUGGGGCAACAGGUGGCUACAGUGUAGGUGGUAUGGGUGGUCCAGGAGGUAUAGGUAUAGUCGGUGGUGGUAGUGUUGGCAGUGCCAGCCUUGGUUUUGGGGGAGGCUUCACCCACUCUCUUUCCCUUCUUGGCUCAGCUACCGCCGCCCUCUCCAUCUCUUCCAACCGCCCCCCUCCCCCACCUCUACCUCCUCCUCCUCCACCUCCCCCUCCACCCACCACCACACUCUCAUCUGCCUCCAUUGCUCCACCUCAACCCUCCACCUCGUCCUCCCUGUCUGCUUCCUGUCCCGCCACUACAGCGCCCACUUCAGGCCCUCCGCUCAUCUCCACGGCUGCCUCUACCUGCACGCCCUCGCCUUCUGCUCGAGUCCUGGGUCCAGUGUCUUCAUCUGGUGCUGCUGCCUGCGCUGCCCCUCUGCCGCCCCGGUCCAGUCUAGCAGGGCUGAGCCGGCCUGCACUGCAGCGAAUCGCCAUGGCUCAGUCACGUGCCCUUAUUGCCUCUGGAGUGCCAACGGUUCCAGUGAAAAACCUGAAUGGAUCAAGCCCUGUGCACCCUGCACUGGCAGGCAUUACAGGCAUUCUGAUGAGUGCAGCAGGACUUCCUGUCUGCCUGACCCGUCCUCCCAAGCUGGUGCUUCAUCCUCCACCUGUCAGCAAGAGUGACAUCAAGCCUGUGCCUGGCCUGGGCCACUGCUGUCGGAAGACCACAAAGAAACAGGCUCGUAAAGGCAAGACCCCCGAGGAGGUGGUGAAAAGAUACCUUCAGAAAGUUCGUAAUCCCCCAGAGGAGGACUGCACUAUCUGCAUGGAGGCCCUGGCUGGACCAUCAGGCUACAAAGGCCCCGGUGUCGGUGGCAUCUCCCGAGCCGAGUCGGUGGGCCGUCUGGCACAGUGUGGACACCAGUACCACCUCCAGUGCCUUGUUGCUAUGUACAACAACGGCAACAAGGAUGGCAGCCUCCAGUGUCCCACCUGUAAGACCAUCUACGGAGUCAAGACCGGCAACCAGCCGCCGGGCAAGAUGGAGUACCACGUCAUCCCUCACUCACUACCUGGCCACCCAGACUGCAAAACCAUCCGGAUCAUUUAUAACAUCCCUCCUGGCAUCCAGGGCCCAGAGCACCCAAAUCCAGGCAAACCCUUCACUGCCCGCGGAUUCCCAAGACACUGCUACCUCCCUGACAGCGAGAAGGGACGCAAGGUUCUGCGGCUUCUGUUGGUAGCAUGGGACCGCCGGCUCAUUUUCUCUGUGGGUACAUCCAGCACUACGGGCGAGUCAGAUACAGUCAUCUGGAAUGAGGUGCACCACAAGACAGAGUUCGGCUCCAACCUGACGGGCCACGGCUACCCCGACCCGGGCCACUUGGACAACGUCCUGGAGGAGCUCAAGGCUCAGGGAAUCACGGAGGAGGAGUGUCUACCCAGAGACUGAAGAGAGACGUUGAAGACACGAGAAACCAGGCUGUAAACACACAAUCCUGAGAUGAGAGAUGGAUGAAUUAUUUUCAAAAUCCACUACAUGAACAGAAAGAACUUUACCAGAACUUAUAGAUGGAAAAUAAUCAAAAAAGAAAACUCUUUACAGGAGCACUGCAGAAACUGUUUCAGCUGAAUUUGCUGAGAAUGAAAUUCCUCUUCUGACCGCUGACCGAGUUAGUUUCAAUUCGUGGGAAAUCUUUUUUUUCUCCUGAUGCAGUAACAGUGUCAAGAUUGCUGUUGUUAUUCAGCAAGACAUUUGAGACCACUGUGCACAGACGAGUCAGUCUUCGAUUAAAAGAACAUUUAUACUGUGACACUUCAUAUUAAGAAUGUAACUAAGUGAAUUUUGCUGAAUCGAUGAUGUGUUUACCACGACUACUGCUGCUAUGUGGAAUUGAAAGGUGAACCUGAAGAAAAGUGUGGGGUCUGUACAUUUUUUUUUGAAGUGUUAGUCCAUAAGCAGAAGAAACUUUUCACUGCAGAUAAUUAUUUUAAGUGUGUAACUGGAUAUCUGAGCAUGAAUAUUUGCUGACCUCUAGUGGUAUUUUUCCAGAACUACAAUGCUUUUUAGGUUUGUUUUUUUAUCAAAUUGUAUUGUUGAAUAUUAUGAAUACUUGAUAUAUAUUGUAUGAUAUUGUUUCCAUUCCAUCAUGUUUUUUAUAUUUCAAUUUUCCAUUUUAUUUUAUAUGGUGUGUUUCAUUGCAUUGUUUUCAGGAGUGGCAUGACGACAAUGAGAUGUCGGGUGUAGUGACGAUAAGCUGCUGGUGUAUUGGAGUUUGCCUGACACUUUAUAUUAUUUACUAGACACUUUAUUUAACUAAUCAUUUUCAGUAUUUUUGACAAAAUGACAUUCCUUAAUUGUUCUGUUCUCAGAGCAUGGGAGCAUUUGAUAGCUUUCUCUGUCUUCUUGUAUGUGCAUUAAUGUUAAGGACUGAUAGAGGAAAAGCAACUAUGGAUUAACCCCCCCCCCCAGGAGGACUAAAUUCCCAAAAAGCUCAGAUAAGACCUUCUGCCUGAGCUCAGAUUUGCACAGAGCUUUCUACUUAGUGUCAAAAUGACAGCUUGUAUCUACUAUUUUUGUGUAGGACACACACCAGCCUCAAACGCUAAUCUAAUCACCCUAUAAAAUGUGGUCAUCGGUCGUUUUUGUCACGUUUGGUUUUUGCCAUGAGCAGGUUUAGAAUCCUGUCUAUUAUUGUGGAUCCAACUUUGGCCAAAGUGGUCCAGUCAGUUUGCAUUCAGUCCAUUGUGGACUGUCUUAUUAUGUUAGAUGAGAUGUACAACAGUGUGUGCUCACAUGCUAAUGUAGGCCAACAUUAAAAGCAUUUAUACUUUAUGAUA